AAUGGGACCUUCUCCUCACACAUGGGCGCCGAACAUCUUCCCUGAAUAAUAACUUAAGGCUGAAAACCUUCAGAUGUUUUAGAUGCAUGAUAGAAACGUGCCGUAAAAUCGGUGUGAGACGCGCUGUGUGAGGAACAGAUCCGAACUCAUUGGUGGGUGCUACGGCAUAACGGCCAACGGGUUUAUCCCGCUGCUAUUGCGAUUAGCUGCACACUCAUGCUCCAACAUGUGCUGCAGCAUCCGAUUGAGAACGAAUCAGAAGUGUCGAUCGAGCCCACGAACUCAAAGCACGCAUUCGGAGCACUCUAGCAUUGCAGGUAGCCACAUUUUGCCAGAUAGGAUAAAACGUUGGUGAUCAGCGGCUCAGACUCAGCUCCCUCUCCUUCAAAGCGACUCUGAAGUCUGAACAGAUAAGGCUCCUGCUUGAGUUGUUUCUGCUGCCUCAAGGUCCAUUUCCUUCGCCCAUGACUUGAACCCCUCUCUCUCCCUCUCUCUCUCUUUCUCUCCUAACAGAAGCCCUAAAUUUCUUUCUUUCCUUAUUGAAUCAUGGGCUCUAAAGUACUUCCUCAUGCUGCGGUUUCAGCCCCAAGCACCGUUUUUCCUUGUUCUUCAAAGAAGCUACAGUUCUCUACUGUCUUCAUAUCUCGUUCCUCUUCUUUCAGCUCCACUCCAAUUACGAUUUCUAGGGUUUCUUCCAACGGAUUUGGCUCGAGAGUUAAUCCAAUUGUCUCUCAACGAAACAAAUUCCCCUUAGUUGUAAAGGCAGAAUCUAGUUCCGAGGGGGAAGUUGUUGAAGCUAUUGACAAUGCUGAAGCGGAGGAAGCCGCCAACUCUGAAGUUCCCGUCGCAGAAGCGGAAUCGGAAACCAAGCCCAAUGACGCGGCGGAAGCCGAAGCACAACCGCCUAGGAAACCUCGAAUCAAGCUUGGGGAGAUAAUGGGGAUUUUGAAUAAGAGAGCCAUCGAGGAAUCAGACAAGGAAAGGCCCACGCCAGAUAUUAGGACUGGAGAUGUUGUAGAGAUUAAAUUGGAAGUCCCAGAGAAUAGGCGUAGGCUGUCUAUCUACAAAGGUAUUGUGAUCUCAAAGCAAAAUGCUGGAAUUCAUACAACAAUUCGAAUUCGGAGAAUUAUUGCUGGAAUAGGAGUAGAGAUUGUCUUCCCUGUGUACUCACCAAACAUCAAGGAGAUAAAAGUUGUUAGCCACAGGAAAGUGAGAAGAGCAAGGUUGUACUAUCUAAGAGACAAGCUCCCCAGACUUUCAACCUUCAAGUGAAACUCAACAUUUGGAAGCUCUUCCCCACUUUCAUCUCAACCGUGUAUCAGAUUUAUCUCGUCCUUUGUUGCAAAUGCCUGGUCUUGGAGGAAAUAUUCCUGCAAUAAUUAACAGUACAAUAACUUUGCUAAAUACCUUUUACCUUGUUAGAUGAAAUGGCAUGUCAUAUGAAAAUGUUGUAUCAAACUAAAAAUGGGUUCAAUGAGACAUUUUCUUAUCAUCAAUAAGAUUCAGAUUAAAUGAUGCCACCAAGAAGUGCGAGCAACUAAUGGGUGGGAUGAUAAGAAAAAA